AUGGCGGUAAUGAUCCGAAGUACUGAAAAUCUGGCUAAUUUAACGGCCGAAGCAUCAGCUUGUUCUUGCGCAAUUUGUUUGCAAGAUAUGCCGAGUGGAAACGAUUGUUGGAUUACUUUCUGUAAUCAUGUUUUCCACAAGAAUUGCAUCGAACAACGGCUGACAACUUCACAUGAUUGCCCUGUAUGUCGAAAAAGAGUAAACAAACGAGAUCUGCAACCAAUCAACACCGAUCAUAAACCGAAGAAGAAAAAUGAAGGAACCAUCGUGACGGGAAACACGGGAGUAUUCAAUUCCACGCUACCCGAUGCAGAUCAGACCGCAAGAUUUACUGGAAACCGUGCGCGUAAUAAUAGUAAUUAUAGGCAAACCCAACCACUUGUAAAUUACGAUCGCAUAGGAGAAAUGAUAAAUGAGACAGUGAACCGUAUGUUUGCAAAUUUAAACUUAAAUGUUGCUCAAACAGUCGCACAGACGUAUGCGCAUAGUAAUAAUUCCUCUGUUGAAGGCAACGAAACCGACUUGUCCGAAAUCUCAGUACCCUAA